CGUAUAGUAGUUCACCGAAAAGUGAACGUAAAAUGUGCUUGAUUGACAGACGGGAAGCGAUACCGUGUUCCUUAAACACGACUGUUAUAGCUACGAAGUUAUUACAGAAAAAUGCGUGUGUGGAAGUGGGGGUGCCACUCAACAGUUGGCCAGCGGGUGUUGCGUGUUGUCCGAACUGCAGUCAUGAGCUCAGAGUCUCAGUGGCAUGUUCUAAAGCGCAUGCACAGAGUGCUGUGACAACCAUCAUACCUGUCACAUCACCCUUCACUCUUCAGCCAACGUACUUGCCACACUCUCCCUUAUAUACACCUCCUUCACCAUUAAUACCUUCCCCUUAUAAUGACGAAUUAAGAAGGUUGGCUGAUACACUGAGAGCAUUAAGGCUAUCUGGAUGGUACUAUGGAAACUUAGACUGGCAGGGGGCUAGAAACUUACUUAAAGAUGCAAGCGUGGGAACUUUUCUGAUUAGAGAUUCCGGUGACAGAAAUUUCAUAUUUUCUCUAUCGGUACAAACAGAGAGAGGUCCAACGUCUGUGAGGCUACAUUAUGAGCAUGGCUACUUUAGGUUAGAUUGUGAUCUCCCACUUGCCAAAUACAUGCCCCGGUUUCGAUGCGUUGUGGAGCUCGUGCAACAUUACGCUCGCGCCGGCGACCGGGGACCCGCUGGUACCGUGUGGGUAGAUCGUGAAGGAUGCCCACACUCUCCAGUUCUUCUCAGAACACCUCUUAAGAAAGCACCACCAACUCUACUUCACGCAGCCCGAUUAGCAAUUCAUAAAGUACUGGACUCAAACCCACUGACACCAAAAUUAUGGCGUGCCCCUAAACAUAGGCUUUUACCUUUACCCCCCAUUCUAAUAGACUAUCUCGGCGAAUAUCCAUUCUCGAUGUAACGUUUGGAUCUGUUCUUUAGUCUUUAUGUAGUUCAAUCGCGUCAAAGUGAUGCCUAGUGAAGAUAUUAGGAUAUUAGAGCAAAUAUAUAAUGGAAAUAAAAUGACUGUGCUAAUAGUAACGGCAAUAUGAGAGUAGUGCAACAUAGAGUAUACAGGAUGUAUUAAAACUGUGUUUAUUGUACAAAUCUGCAUUAAUGCAACACCUAGUACAGGAUGCUAGAUGUAAAGGGCAGGCUCCUUUAUGAAACUAAUAAACAAUUAUUUUCUAAUAGUUAAAUUGUAACUUCUGUAUUAUUUGUAAGUAUUGAAUAUGGGACUCAACUAUGGUAUUUAGUGAAAUAUUUACGCAGAUGUUGUGUUAAGUGUGUAAACGGUCUGUAAUCUGUAUAUAGAGAUGAUUUGAAUGUAAUGCAAGACUGAAUUCCUUGAGCAUCUAUGAAUUAAUCUGUAUAUCACUAAUUCUAAUCACAGAAUUUAUCUUGUUGUAACAGCAUCUUUAUUUCAGUAAGCAAUGUCCAUAAAUGCCCAAUCUUGUCCAUUAUAUUAAGAUAUCAUCACACUAUUUUGUAUCGCUAUAUUAUUUAUUUCUCAACUAAUAAAAUUAGCUUAAUCAUUGAUACUUACAUAUAUUUUAUUUUUUGUUCCUAUUUAAGAUAAAGUUAAUAAUAAUUGAAAUGAAUCUUGAAAAUGUUGUGGUUUCUAAGGAUAAUUUAUUUUCAAAAUGUUUUUUGAUUAUUUGUUAAAAAAGGUAAAAUUCAUUACUGAUAAAAGGAGGAAAAUUUCAACUAAUAUUAAUAUUUUCUUUGAACCAUUGUAAUAUCAAUAUGUGCCAUCUAAAGAUUUGAAUACAGUCAUGAAACUUAUAACAGAUAUCUUGAGGCUGAGUAUGUAAAUAGUUUUUUUUUCCCUAUUUAUUUUUAAUUCUAAUUAGUGUUAAAAUUAUUAUAAUUAACAAUUUAAAAUGUAUAACCAUAUAAUGGUUGCUUAGUGUAGUGUUUAGGGAAUUGGCUAGUGACAUACACUAAUGUAGAAUGUAUUGUGUAUCUUAAAUAAUCUCAGAUAAAUUUUACGUUUCACAAAUAUUUUGUAGCAAAAAUAAUAUAAUUAUGCAAAUGUGAAAUAUAAUUGGUAACAGCCUCAUUGAGCCGGCAUAUGUUUAAUUUUGAAGUAUUUUGUUAAAUUAACAAUUAUAUGUAAAUUCAAAUUAAUUUUUAUACCAUAUGUAAGACACAAAACACCAAUUAAUUGAGACAUAAUAGGAAUGUGUUUGUUCUUAGAUUUAUGCAUAAAAAAGAACUGCAAAUAAUUUAUAUACAAAAAAUAUACAUUCUGCCUUUA